UUGGUAAUGUGCUAAUGUGCCAUCCUUGCAUCCGUCUAAAAUGCUGGUUUGCCACUCAUAGCAGAUGAAGAGCGUGUUUAUUGUAUCCUGACCCUAGGCAGUAUUUAGUAUACCAAGCUUAUAUUAAUCGUGUAAUAAAUAGUAUAAAUGGACUGAAAUAUUACAUGUUUCAAAUCACAAAAUAGGAAACAUAUUCGCCAUCGAUUUGUAAACGCAGCAUCUACAAACACUACGCUUCGAGGAAGAUUUUACGAUCAGCAGUUAACAACUCGGCAUUUUCAAAACCGAAUUACAGGUACCAAUAUGCUUUCUGAUGAAUCCAGCAGUGAUUCUGAGACAGGUAGAUUCAAAGGUAGAUCUGAAAAACAAGAUCAACAAAAUAAAACUUCCAGUCAAAGAGAUAAAAAUGUGAGAUCAUCAGGAAGAGACAGACAUUCAGAACAUGACAGAUUCCAUAGAGAUUCUAAUAGAAGGCGAGAUGAAAGAGGUAGAUAUGAUAGACUACCAAGGGAAAGGCAUAGAUCCUCUAAGAACUCUCCAACAAGAAGGAGACAUUCUAAUGACAGAAGUCCUGAUAGAAAAAGGUCUCGAGAAAGGCACUUCCCUAGAAGAAUGUCAAGAGAGAGAUCCAAAACAAAGGAGCAUAGAAGUAGUAGUAGAGACAGACGUCAUCCAUCCAGAUCUACAUCUCACAGGCCUCCAGAACAGAAAAGGGAUAUCAAAGAGGAGAUAAAACGUAACUUAACAACAAGGGAAGAAAAGAAUACACAAUUAUCUACAAAACCCAAAAGUGUAGACAAGUUUGAUAGAGGCACUCGAGCUAGAGACUCUUCAUCGCCAGAAGUUAAAGUCAAAAAGUCUGAAAUACAUAAACCAACUCCCAUGGAAAGGAAGAAGAAAAGUGAAAGCCCUGAAGUGCUUGACAAAGAUUGUGAUAGUAAUCAUUCAGAGGAUGUGCAACCUGGCUCAUACUACAGCAUGAAGCCAACUGUCAUCAAAGAAAAAUCUGAUGGAACUAGUGAAAUCGACUCUUCUGAUGAUGAGAAGCUUCGUGCUAAACUACUAAACUUAGAAAAGGAACUCCAUCAAGCCAAAAAGAAAAAACACAAGAAAAAACAUAGAAAAAAGGGGAAAUCCAGUAAGGAAGAAAAAGACAAUGAAACUCCAACUUCAAUUGAAGUAAGUAGCACAACUGAUAUUAAAAACAAACUGACAACCAACUCUAGCAUUGAUGUUGACACAACAGAGGUAACAUCAACACAGAAAAGUAAUCAAGUUGAAAGCAAUGAAGAAGGUGAAAUCUUAAGUGAGGAUGACUCCCACAGUGGCAUUGAUAUUGACCCAACUGACUUGAGGCAUAAGCUAAAACGGUCUGUUGUUAAAGUUGAGCCUGUAGAAUUAAUAGACUUGGGAGGCAAAGUGAGUUCAAAGACUGAUGUAUGUGGUCCGGCCCUGCCUCCACACUUGGCUCAACAAUCCAGCAGAUACGCAUCAUCAAACACCGAAGGGCCUGCGUUGCCGCCCCAUCUUCGCAAGGGAGAUAGAAAGAUAGGUCCCUCAAUACCAGACCAACUGCGCAAAAAACUAGCUGAAAAUGAUUGCGAAGUUAUAAAAUGUGAAAGUUCUGACGAUGAUGGCAUUGGGCCCCUACCUGCAGGAGCAGAGCACAAAUGGUCCGACGCUCACCGCCACCUCGAGGAAAGAGCUUUAGACAUGAAAAUUAGAAAUAUGGAUGGGCAUUCAAUGCAGAGCUCUAAAGUUAAAUCUCGGGAACAGUGGAUGCUAGAGCUACCUGAGGGAAAAGCGAAGUAUAUGGGUCUGGAGGCUCGAACAUUUAGGGCUAAGGAAGGUCCCGACAUGUCUAACAGAUCGAGUUGGACUGAUACACCAGAAGAAAGGGCCCGAAAAAAAGAUGGUCUGGAAAAGGAAGAAGAUCCUGACGUAGUUUUACAGAGGGAAGCAAGGGCGCGCCAGCUGGCCAGCAGAGACGAGGAGCAAGAGAAGGCUGUAAAAAAACAUAAGAAGAAGCACAAAAGAGAAGAAUCUUUACUUGAGAUGCACGAAAAGAAAAUUAAAAAGAAAAAGAAGAAGUGUGACAAAGAGGAGAAGCAGGAGCGGCGGCCGUUUAGCCGCGACGUGGACCUGCAGGUCAACCGCUUCGACGAGGCGCAGAAGAAGUCCGUCAUCAAGAAAGCGCAGCUCCUGGAUUCCAGGUUCUCUCGCGGAGAAGCCAAGUACUUGUAACUCCCUACCGAUAUACAUAUAUGUGUUAUUAGAGUUUCCCAAUUGCAUGAUAUUUCGCUUGUAAAACUCCUCAAAUACAAAAGGAGAAUUUCAUUUUCAUUUUCCAAAAUGAGCUUGUCUAUUACUUGUGAUAUAUUUCUGAUUUUUUCCAACUUUGGAAACUCUGCAACUUGCACAUUAGGUAGUGGGUAUUUUUACCAUCCCUAAGUAUUUCAUACAAACGUAAAUCAAAUGCGUUGUUUGAUGUUUUUUGAACACCUAACAAUUAUGAAUUAUGUAGUAGGAUAUUAUAAACGCAAAUUAGAUUUUUUAAAUCCUUAGUUUUUAGUUUACUCAAUUUUAAAAGGAUAUGUCAAUGAAAUACAUUUUACUAGUUACUCCGGAUAAUGUUACGUUUUCGAUAUUUGCAUAGUAUUGUUUUUAAGUAUACGUCGAUGUAUUUUUAAAAGGAACAUGAUAAAUGGUCUUUUAAAAAUG